AUGCCAAAGAGGAGUUCCAAUACCACCGAGCCGUCACCGAUAGUGAAGAAACCAACCACACUAAGUAGCUACGACGCUGCCGCCACCGAGACGUGGGUCAGGUGUGGAGAGUGCGCCCAUGCGCUAGGCAUCAACGAGACGGCGAUUCGAUCUUUUGAAAACGCCAUAAAUCGAGAUCCCUCCAAUUUGACUGCCUUGUGCGGGCUCAGCUUGUCCUUGCGACUUAAUGAUAUCCACAAUAACGAGACGUUUGGCACUCAGUCGGCCAUCGAACGAUUAAAUGCCUCGCUCGAAUCGUUUCCUCAACUCUUGAAAGACUCCAACAUCUUUAAAGAAUUGAGCGAAUGCUAUUUGCUAAUCAACUUGACCGACCAGGCCCACCAGGCUAUCCAAUCGGCAAUCCUGUUGUCUCCCAACGACGCUUCCUUGUGGUUGAUUAGUGCCCAGACCCUAAUCCGGGCCCAUGCAAAAGCCCACGCUACCGGGUCCUUAACCCACUGCUUGUCCUUGUUGCCCAAUAACGGUGAGAAAUACUCGGCUCAGGAUAUAGAGACGGCGAGAGCUGCUCACGCCGAGUUGGCUGCCCUCGCUGCAUCCGACGGCAACAUUGAAACUUCGAUUGCCGAACUCUGUGCCACAUUGUCACUUCCACCGCCUCCUUUGGCAAGAAUCGAAGAACACACGGCAUUGUGGUGCGCCUUGGCCACGGCAAAAGAGAGAGCAAACGAUAUCGUGGGGGCCAUCAAGGCCUGCGAAGACGCCACCGUUGCUGUUGGCGACUCCCCGAGAAUCCUCAUGACCAAUGCCUAUUUAUUGUUAUUAUUAAACCCCAAAGCCAAUGCCGACUACGCGAUCCACAUCUUGAACAAGAUUGUCAGCUUGGACAAUGAAGCCAUGAUUAGCGAGGGAACCGAUUUCUUGCCGUGGUACUUGUUGGGAAGAGCCCACUCGUUUAUGGAUAGACCAAGAUUAGCCUAUGACUCUUAUCAAGUAGCAUUGAGGUGUGCCUCCAACUCACCCAUCACCUGGUUGGCGGUGGGAAAACUAUACCUUGAAUUGAAGCAGUUGCCCGACGCCUUGGCCGCUUAUACGCAAGCACUCAAGUUGCAAUUGGAAGAUGGCUCGCAGGGCAUCGCCACGGCGUGGGACGGCUUGAGCUGUGUUUACGAGAGAUGCGAGGGCCACUUGAUGGACGCGUCGGAUGCCUGUAGCCGAGCUGCCGCCUGCUUCAAAUCCAUUGGCGAUUUGAAAAACGGCGAUUAUUUCGAAAUGAGAGCCGAAGCGUUGGCAAAAGCUGCCGAGAAAUCAGGCCCAGUUCCCGAGUUGAGACAACCGCCCGAUGUGCCCAGUAUAUUAUUGAGAGAUUUAGUAGCAUUGGCCCCAAGUGAGAGAAUUGCAUAUACUCAAGCACCAAGACAAAUCCACCAGGCACAACAACAACAACAGCAACAACAACAACAACAACAACAACAUCCAGUUAAACUAGAAGCAGCUGGUCUUCACCAAGGAGGCCCACCACCACCACCACCACCACCAUCACAACAGCAGCAACACUCGCAAGCAUCUUCACAAAGCAAUUCGAUAUCUGCAACUCAGCACCAGCAUUACCAACAGCCAGCACCAACCCAUCACCAACUACCAAACCACUACCAUCCUUCGCCACAGCAAAACCCACCCAUUCCACAACAACAACCCACCCCACAGCAAGCACCACCUCAAUUGCAACAGUCUCAAGCGCAAGCCCAUGCUCAAGCACAAGCACAAGCUCAGGCUCAGGCUCAGGCACAAGCACAAGCACAGGCUCAGGCUCAGGCACAGGCUCAGGCACAAGCACAAGCACAAGCACAACAACAACAACAACAACAACAACAACAGCAUACGCCAUCGCAACAACACUACCGAGGAAUUGGACAAACUUCUCAACCCCAGUACUACUACCCACCCGCACCAGGCCAACAAUACUAUUUCCCCGGCCACCCGCAUCAGCUGCAGAAUGGCCCACCCCCACCACAACCACCACCGCCACUCUCACAACAGCACUCGCCUCAACAACACACGCAACAUGUCCACCACAGCCAAAUGGUGCCUCCCAACAUCCCCGGCCAGCCCGUUGUUAGCCACUACCCCAUUGCUGCCGGCGUCAACAACAUCCCACCCACCGCUUACGGCCAGUAUUUGCCCAUGCCCGGUGCAGUGCAUAACGGUCCUCUGCAAUACUCUUCGCCCAACUGGAGAAAAUAG